AUGCUGCAGAGUACGCUGGGGCAGGCGCAGCGCUUCAAGAAGCGCGAACGGACACAGAACUGGGCGUACGAGGAGAAACACUUUCUGCUCGAGCUAUGCCGCAAGGAUAUGCACAUCAUCGAGAACAAGCGGCUGGACAGCGCGCUGACAAUGCUAAAGAACCGGGCCUGGAAAAUCAUCCACCAGCAGUUUGCGAUCGCCUUCGGUACGGAUCGGAACUGUAACCGGUUGAAGGAGCAGUGGCGCCGCAUGAAAGCUUGCACUCGGGCGGAAAUGCUCGACUACCAACAGCGAAUACAGCGCUUCGGGCAGGAGGUAGCGGACCGAAAGAAACCGAGCCAGUUCACGUUCGAAAUCUGGGAGUUUAUGCAAGAAGCGAAGAAAGUGUGCAAGAACGAACUGAUGGACGAUGUGGAUUACUCGAAGAUUAAGCUAUCGUUGGAAGAGAACCUACCGCAAGGAGUUUCGAUCAAGGAUUGUAGCGACGAGAAUGAUGACGAGAGCUCCUCGAUGUGGGAGAAAACCUCAAAAAGCAUCUGCGAGGUGCAGAUCAAAGAGGACUCGCAGGAUGAGCAUGAAGAGUAUGAAAAGGGCCCGAUGGCCAAAUACCCCAGGAUGCGCGGCUAUUCCAAUACUUCGUCCCCGUUCGGUGCGGCGGUCGCAUCGGCUGCCGAUACGGCGCGUUUCAACGAGCUGCUCGCCUCCAGCUUCGCCAACCAUCUGAGCGGAGGUCUGCUGGAGGCGGCCGGUCUCGAACUGUACAACCGAACGGCGGCCGCCGGUGGUUUCGGCAGCGAAUCGAGUUUGGUCGAUCUGACAGGCGGCAACAAUGGAGCAUCGUCGCAGCUCGAUCUAAGCAAUACGCUCGAGGCACUGAAUCUGCUCAAGAACCGCUUCCAUCGCUUCAGCCAGAUGGGCCAAUGGAAGACGGCUUUUCAGGAGGCUCAUAACCAUCUGUCCUCCGCUAACCAUCCACCAGAUUCACCGACACUUGGCGGUGGUGGUGUGAAUCAUGGUGGUGUCGCUGGUAGUGGCAUGGACGGUACUUCCAUACUCACCAACGGAGGAAUCGAUUUGAUGAGCCAAACAAGGGUUGGGACACCGGCGCCACCGCCGCCGGUAAUGACUACCGGUGGUAGUGGCGCCGCUGGUGCUGGUUCCUCCAUGUCACCCGAGUCGGUCUUGGCGCGUGCGAUCGAGCAACAGCACCGCCAGUCCGAGCAUGAUCUGCGCAUGGAGAUACUAAAGACAGAUCUAGCAACGGCCAAAAUCAACCAGGAAACGGCCGAGUUGAAUCGGCAGCUCGCGCUACAGAAACUGCGACAAACGCGACGCCGACGAGGAGUGGCCGAAGAGGAAGCUUGCGGCGAAGGUACGGAAGAUGAUGCCGAUGAUCAAGACGCGGGUAGCAGUAACAAUGUGUCCAACCUAUCGACCACCGCUGAGCAGCGGUUAGUGGGACCGGUCGUCUCACUACCAGCCUCACCGGAACAUGCACCGACUGCCCAUUCCUCACUACUGGUGACAGCUGUUGCACCUACCACCGCGCUAUCGUUAAUAUCAGUCAAAACGGAAUAG